AUGGCCAUUGCAUCAUCAUCAAGCACUCCCAUCAUUUCCUUAGAACCCUAUAGCUUGGCUCCAAAGAUGAGGGGAAGUGACAGUUCAGACUCACUUCACUCUCUGAGAAGACCUUCUGAUACAGGCAUUGGUGCUAACAAUUUUCUUCCUUCCCAAAAGUUUUAUGAUGAGGUUUCAGAGUCCAUUCAGAGCUCUACAGAGUCAUCGACAAUAUCCUCAUCAUUCAUUACACACGCUCGUGAAAAUGUUCUUUCAAUGAUGACAAGUCUGCAGGAAAGAGCUCCAUUGUCAGGAUGGAAGCACUUUCUAUUAUAUUUGGUCUAUUAUUUACUCAUGUUGUGGAGUCAAAUGUUUGUGCCAACCCUUAGAAAUCAUCGUUGGGGUUAUGAGGGAAGUUAUGUUUUUGAGGUUUUGAAUUUUCCAACCACUCUACUCUUUAACAUGAUACCUUAUUAUGGAGCUAUUGGUUUAUCUGCCUUCUUCAUGUCUGUAAUUUGUGUUACGUGCGUGCUCUUCUGUUUGGCUUACUACUUGACCAUUAAACCAAACAAUCAUUUCAAACUUUUAAAGUUAUCCUUGUGGUAUUUGAGCUGGUUCAUCAAGGGUUCUUAUCUGAUUGGAAGUCAUUUGUUGGUUGGCUUUCUUGAUUGCAACUAUUUCCAGAAAAUUAGUAUAACUGUGGAGACUGUUUUUGGAACCUCAACAGUUGAAGUAAAUCCUCUCAACAGAUUUGAUUUGAUUGGAUGCAUGGAUAGCGAGAAUACUAUCAUGAUUGUGCUGUCUAUUUGUACAUUAUUUACCUUGAUCAUCAUCUAUCCUCUGACAGAGUUUGUUACUUCAAACUCAAAUCCACAGAGUAAGAUACCUCUCACCUCUGAGACCAGCCUGAUGUUUAGUAUUGUUGGUGUAUUGAACAUUAUUGGCUUGAUUUGUGAGCUAGUUAUUCCAAAAGAAUAUUCCUAUGUUUCGUCUAUUGCAAAUGUACUCAUCUCUGGAUUGUGUUGUAUCACUCAAUUAAGACAUGUUCCAUUCUUUACGCAUUACGAAAAUGCUAUUGUUCAAGGUGUGUAUGGAGCAAGAUUAGCUGCCAGUGUUGGUUCGCUCAUUACAUCUCUGGUCAAUUCGAACAAUGAAUCGGCGAUUGGUGGAGGUUUGGUUGGAUUCACGAUUGCUUUAAUGAUACUGGGUUUCGUUUUGGGAUUUCUAGUUCAAUUCGUAUGGAUUUGGGUUAAAUUGAGAUCCAUCAGAAGCUUUAUUAUUGUCAAUUCACAUCCUUCAAGUAUGGAAAUCAAAGAAAGUGCAGAAACAGACUUGGCAUUGCUGAAUUAUAUUGAGAAGAUGGCCUCUGUAGUCUAUUCAGAUUUAGACGAAUCCAAAUCUGUUCAAUAUCUUAAUUUAUUCUUAAAACUUUCCCUUCGGAGAAAGAAUGAUGCUAUAAUAGCAUUUUGCUUUGUGAAAGGUCUGGUUCAACACAAAAUGUUCCGAAAUGUCUCUUCUCUCAUCUAUUCAUCAUUGCUUGUUCAAACUUUUUGGUCAGAAGAACAAAAUUCCAGUGUUCUGGCAACAAGUUUACUGAGGAAGGCAAUGAAAAGUGAUCCAGCUUUUUUUGAAGUGCUUGCCAUUCAGGAAAGAAUCAAGGAAGUGGAAUCGAAUUCAUUCUCAAAAAGUGGCCUAUUUGAAAUCUCUUGCCAAAUCCAAAAAUUGGAAAAACUUCAAAGCAACCUUUUAGCUCUACACAAAGUUUUCUGGAAGGAAAUGGCAAAUGAGCAUAUCAAUUAUGAAUCUUUAAAGAAAACCAAUAGAACCAUUUAUAAUCUGACAAGUGAGUGCAAAUCCAUGCUAAAGAACUUGUCUUUCAAUUACAAACACAACAAGACAGUAUUGAGAGUUCAGGCAAACUUUAUUGAAAAUUUUGAAUUUAACAAACCAUUGGCAGAUUCUCUCUAUGCAGAGGCCAAUUCACUUGAAGAAGAAGAAAUGAAGAAGAAACGGAGAGGUUCUCACAGUAGAGCUCCACCAACCAAGAGAAACAAUCGAAUUGUUCCAAAUGAAAAAUUAGAAACUGCAAGUGCCUUCUUUGAAGAAGGCUCCAAUAUUGACACUGCAGAACAAGAAAAACUGGAAGAGAUGGAAGAUGCUUUUGACAAUCCACAACUCAAAAAGGAAAUUCUCUUCUUGAAUGCCAUUGCCAAUCCAAAACCAAAUGGAAUUGUCAAAAUCUUAUCCUUCUCUUACUUCCUCUUUGUCAUUGCAUGUAUUGUGGCCUCGAUUGUUUUGAGUGUAUUCUAUUCCUUUCAGGUUAAAUCAACCGUUCCUUACGUUGAGCAUGUUUGCUUUCCAGGAACUCUUCCAUUUUCCAUCAUUAGAAAUAUUAGAGCUUGUCAAAAUUGGAUUAAUACAUUUAAUUUCCAGGAAGUGGAAUUUCCACCUCUUACAGAAGGUUAUCCUUCCAUUUCAAAAUCAGCUUACAUUUUAGAUCACAAAAAGAAACUAGAAACAAGUUUAGAAUAUUUGAAACGAUUAGUUUCGAUUGGACAAGAGGGUGUCUUUACUGAUGCCAUUUAUACCGACUAUUCAUCAAGUAUUUAUUCGAUUAAUUUUCCAACUGAGGAUGCAUCAGAUCCACAUUUCUACUCUGGUCCAUAUCAAACAAGAAAUGCCUCAAUUGUUGAUAUUACCAACUCUCUAAUCAAAUAUACUCAACUUCUUAUUGAUGAUUUCCCACUGGAAUUGCUGUUAUCAGUUGAGAAUUCUUCUUCCUUAAUUGAAAGGCAAAAAUUAUUGAAUAUUACUUCCCAAGAUUCAUACUUUAAUCCACUUCCAAACUUUAACUUUAAUUACUUGUGGGCUAAUAAGGGAGUUUUUACAACAGCUUAUGAAGGAUUUUGCACCAAGUACUUGGACAGUACAAUCUCAGUAAUUGAUCAAAGUGUUAAUCAAUUUAUGAUUUAUACAGCAGUAAUGUUAUCGGCCUUUGUGUUGGUUAGUGCAAUGUUCAUUGCCUUAAUGUUGGUAGAAUUGAGUAAUAUGAAAAAGUUAGCUAAACUUUUUGAAACUCAAAUCAAGAAGGACAUAAUUGGAAAGAUUUUCCACAAUAUAUCUAACAGACUUCAGAAUGAUGCCAUAGGAAGCACACGUAUAAUAUCUAUUGAUCAGAUCAAACCAAAUUUGUUUGUCAUUUUCAGCUGCAUUGUAAUUGUAGUGUCCACCUGUGCCACAAUUGCCUUAAUGUUUACAGAGGCGUAUGUCAAUGGACAAGAAGCUAUUAACACCAUGACACGUGUUCGUCUUUCUAUUCAGGCAGGUGUGAAUGUUGAGAGAUCUGCCUUCAGUGCUCAAGAAUUCUAUACAUAUUUUGGAGCUGAACAAUUCACUUCUCCAACUGCACCAUUGAGAUAUAAACUGAAACGAACAGUAUCGUUUGGUGAUUUGAGAUUGUGGCAAGCGAGAAGUAGAUUCGACUCGUUGGCUGCUGGAGUAAACGAUGGAAUUGCAGCAGCCUCAGAUUACAUGAGCAAACUCAUUUAUGGAUCUAAGGAGUUGUCUCUUGUUCCUCUUCUUGGAAAAUAUCCAACUGUCGAUAAGAUUAUUUCAGUUGGCGUUGAUAAUUGCACUGAAUAUAUGAGAGCAAACAAUAUUACCUUCAUUUAUGCUACCUUCAAGCUUUAUUGCCAGGGAUUGGAGACUGUAUUCUCUGAUUUUGCUAGUACCGCUCCACAAUUAGUCAUUGAUUCAAGAAAACAUUAUAUUCUGCAACAAUCUGUAAUUUCAAAUGGUACACUAUUGGACCCUUUUACUUUGGCCAUGAGAAACAAUCUAUUGCUUCGUCUAUCUCAACCAUUAAUUGCAAAGUAUACUGCUUUUAUUAAGGAAUUUGUCAAAGAGUCUUCUGUUCCGGUAUUUUCUGUUACAAUUAGUUCUUCAAUUAUUGGUUUGAUUGUUAUAUUAUCUUCCGUUUUAGUAUUUUGCUACAUGCUUUCAAAUUUCUGGAGCCAGUACCAUUCAUUCAGAAACAUGUUAAAUUACCUACCAAUCGACGUUAUUGAUCACAAUGAAUUAUUAAGGGAGUUUGCAUUACACCACAAGUUGGAAACUAAUUAUCCAUUUCUCUUGAGAAAAAAGACUGCCCACCCACUGGACGAAACCAAUGAUGAAUAUUCUAGCUUGAAGGUUGUUUUCAAUUCAAGUGUGGAAGGUACAAUGAUUUGUAAAGAAAAUGGAGAAAUUGAAUUGUUUAAUUCGUCUGGAUUGAGAAUGUUUGGAAGUAAGAGUUUGGAUAUUUUGGGAACUUCAAUGCUUGAUUUAUUUGAUAAUCCCUUCAGAGCCCAGGUAAAGCAAUUGUGCCAUGCUCUCAUUUCACAAUCAAAGGAGCAGCAAUCGAAUGAAAAUAACGAACAAAAACUUGUGGAGAGCUUGGAAGUUGACAUGAUGAGAAAGAACAAUACCAAGUUCCCUGCCAAGAUAACCAUUUAUGCAAUUCGGUUGCUUGGAAAGGAUGCCAAGAUUCUGAUAACUUUCAAAGACAUUACACAAGAAAAAAAGCAAUCCCUCUUGCUAGCUGAUGAAAAGAAGAAGAGUGAAAAUUUAUUGAAGAAUAUAUUACCAAUUAAGGUAGCCAAUCGUUUAAAAGCUGGAGAAACCUUUAUUGCAGAGAAAUUUGAUGAUAUUACUUGUUUCUUUAGCGAUAUGUAA